AUGACUCGAGAACAAAAAGCAAGGCAAGAUUUAAGCGAUCCACCCACUACAAGCACAAGCCAAGUCAUUUUUGGUGAUAAAAUAGCAUUUAUAGACUUCCCAACUCUGAUCUCUCUCGAUGAGUUCCUCCGCCGAGCUAUCAUUGGUGUAGCUUCUUCAUUAUACGGCUCAUUCGCAUCCGUCUCCGCCCAUGAAAUAGAUCUCGGCGAGUACAAAGAGUUUACCUUCUACCUUGAAGAUCUAACCGGUCGCAAAAUCCCACUAGAAGGCAAAGCCCCAGAAUUCCGCACAAUCCUCCGUUUCUUCUCCUACCGCCUUACCCUCCACAUCUACCUAAUGAACACCCAGCCCUAA